AAGAGCUCAGAGGAGUAGAGAGAAAAACCUGCAGCUGGUCCAAAAAGUUUGAGAAUCGGAUCACGGAGGAGACGGGGACGAGGAGGACAGAUGGACAGGUGGAGAUGCGGACUGAGUCGGCGUGUCGUUUCUACAGCCAUCAGAUGAAGGGGAAGCACCUCGCCAUCAGGAAGAUGAACGAGAUCCAGAAGAACAUCGACGGAUGGGAGGGGAAAGACAUCGGCCAGUGCUGCAACGAGUUCAUCAUGGAGGGCACACUGACCCGCGUCGGCGCCAAACAUGAGCGCCACAUCUUCCUGUUCGACGGACUCAUGAUCUGCUGCAAGUCCAACCACGGGCCUCCUCGGCUGCCCGGCGCCGGCUCCACGGCCGAGUAUCGCCUCAAAGAGAAGUUCCUUAUGCGCAAAGUGCAGAUCAACGACAAGGACGACAAGGAGGGCGAGUACCGGCACGCCUUUGAGAUCAUCCUGAAGGAUGGGAACAGCGUGGUGUUUUCGGCCAAAUCCGCAGAGGAGAAGAACGGCUGGAUGGCGGCGCUGAUUUCGCUGCAGUACCGCAGCACGCUGGAGCGCAUCCUGGACAAAGCUCUGCUGCAGGAGAAGGAGGAGCAGAUGAAGCUACCGUCGGCCGAGGAGUACAGCUUCGCCGAGCCAGACUCGGAGGAGAACGUGGUGUUUGAGGAGAACAUCCAGUCCAAGUCUGGGAUUCCCAUCAUCAAAGCCGGGACGGUCCUCAAACUGAUUGAGAGGCUGACCUAUCACAUGUACGCAGAUCCAAACUUCGUCCGGACCUUCCUGACCACCUACAGGUCGUUCUGUAAACCCCGGGAGCUGCUGGACCUGCUCAUAGAGAGGUUUGAGAUCCCAGAGCCAAGGUCGACUGAUGCAGAGCAGAUGGAGGGAGGAGAGCAGCUUCUUAGCGCCGACCUCAAACGUUUCCGUAAAGAGUUCGUUCAGCCAGUUCAGCUCAGAGUUCUGAAUGUGUGUCGUCACUGGGUGGAGCAUCACUUCUAUGAUUUUGAAAGAGACCCUCACCUGCUGAGUCGACUAGAGGACUUCAUCGCUUCAGUCAGAGGUAAGGCCAUGAGGAAGUGGGUGGAGUCCAUCACUAAGAUCAUCCAGAGGAAGAAGCUGGUUCAGGUGAGCCUGCCCAAUCACAGCAUCACCUUCCAGAACUCUCCUCCGCCCAUCGAGUGGCACAUCUGUAAACAAGGGAACACUGAGCAGUUCGACCUCAUGACUCUCCACCCCAUCGAGAUCGCCCGACAGCUUACUCUACUCGAGUCUGACUUCUACAGGGCGGUGCAGCCAUCGGAGCUGGUCGGCAGCGUCUGGACUAAAGAAGACAAAGAGCUCCACUCUCCCAACCUGCUGAGGAUGAUCCGACACACGACUAACCUCACGCUGUGGUUUGAAAAGUGCAUCGUGGAAACAGAGAAUUUGGAGGAAAGAGUUGCUGUUGUUUCUCGGAUCAUUGAGAUCUUGCAAGUUUUUCAGGAGCUCAAUAACUUCAAUGGAGUUCUGGAGGUCGUCAGCGCCAUGAAUUCCUCGCCUGUCUACAGACUGGACCACACCUUUGAGCAAAUCCCAAGUCGACAGAGAAAAAUCCUGGAAGAGGCUCAUGAGCUGAGUGAAGAUCAUUACAAGAAGUAUUUAGCUAAACUGCGCUCCAUCAACCCACCCUGCGUCCCGUUCUUUGGGAUCUAUCUGACCAACAUCCUAAAGACGGAGGAGGGAAACCCCGACUUCCUGCGCAGACACGGAAAAGAUCUGAUCAACUUCAGCAAGAGGCGAAAAGUCGCAGAGAUCACCGGGGAAAUCCAACAGUACCAGAACCAGCCAUACUGCCUGAGUGUCGAACCCGACAUCAGGAAGUUCUUCGAGAACCUGAACCCGAUGGAGGAGAUGUUAGAGAUCGACUUCACCGACCAUCUGUUCAACAAAUCGUUGGAGAUCGAGCCUCGAAACACACGAUCGUUGCCCCGUUUCGCGAAGAAGUACACCUGUCCUCUGAAGUCCCCGGGAAUCCGACCAACGUCGGCGAGGCUCGGCACCAUGAGGCACCCCACGCCUCUGCAGAACGAGCCCAGAAAGAUCAGCUACAACCGGGUCACAGACAGCGAGUCCGAGGGUGGCGCCGUCUCCGCCCCAAACUCCCCCCGGACGCCACUGACCCCACCGCCGGCCUCUGCCGCAUCCAGCUCCACUGAUGUAGGCAGCGUCUUUGACUCCCCUCAGGGUCCCAGCAGCCCCUUCCAUUCAACCUGCGACAGCAUAUUUGCUGUUAUCUCUCUGCCUCACGGCCCACGGUCUUCGUCUGUCUCCUCAAUAAUGAGUUUCAGUCGGGUGUCAGAGGACACCCCCAUCCCUCCUCCUGUUCCUCCACGCAGAAGACCAGAAUCAGCUCCUUCCGAGUCUUCCCCCUCAAAGAUCCAGUCCAAGUUGGAGAGCCCGCCUGCUGUGCCUCCUCGACAGCCCACAUGUAAGCUCCCCACCCCUCGUUACUCUUCGUCGUUGUCUUCGUCUCCUCCAGACAGCCCCCCUUUGUUGCCCCCUCGAGAGCCGCUCAGCUCCCCCCUGCACCUCCUCCCUCCCCCCCAGGGCCGCUCUCGCUGUGAACUCUUGUCUCAGGCCUUCUUUCCCUCCAACACAUCCUCUACUUCCUCCGCUUGCUCCACCCCCACAGCCUUGUCUUCCUCCCCACCCCUCCCCCCUGUGCCACUCACCCCCACAGGUAGAAAGAUGCCCUUACCCUCCCCACCCCUAGAUGGCCCCCCAGUACCUCCACGCCACAGCGUCCCCAAACUGCCUCCCAAGACGUACAAAAGAGAAUCUCUGAGCCAAGUCCCUGCUGCUGGUCCCGCCCCCUGCUCUGUGAUUGGACAUCUUGUGAACGAGGCAGAGCUGGAAACACUAUAGCUAACUGGAUCAGAAUGAACAAGAAGCUGACCCCCCAGCAGCUUCUGAUCCUGUCAGAACCAAACUGAAACUGGACCCAACGGCGUGCUCUUACUCCAAAAUUCUCAAGACUUUUUCUGUGUGGUCAUUUCAUUUCUGUUCCUCAUCUGUGAGCUGGGACCUGUGGGACCCGGAUCAGCGCCGACUGCAUCUGAUGGAAUCUGAUCAGUUCUGAUUGGACCUAAUGAAACGGAUCAAAAUUGGUUGGACCUGAGGCUUAACGGAGACUGUGAGAACUGUGGUUCACAGCUUGCAGGUACUGGUCCAGAACCUAAGAGGUACUGUUGUUGGUUCUGGUGGACCCGGUGUUGUUUGUUAUUGUUGUUGUUGUUGAUGAUGUAAACAAAGAAGGGAAUAAAUG